AUGACUGCUGCUCCACCCUCGCGCAUCGCCUGCGUCACCGGCGCCUCGUCCGGCAUCGGCCGCGCCUCGGCUCUCGCGCUCGCCGCCGCCGGCUGGACCGUCGUCGUGUCGGGCCGCCGACAGCAAGAACUCGACCAGACGAUCCGCCUCGCACAAGAGCGUAACGAGGGCGCGCAGCUGCUGGCCGUCGCAGGCGACCUCAGCAAGCCCGACGACGUCGACACCCUCUUCGAGACGAUCCGCGACCGCUUCGGCCGUCUCGACCUCUUGUUCAACAACGCCGGCCGAGGCCUCCCUGCCGUCCCGCUCGAGGACGUUCCGCUCGCCGACUUCCAGUCGAUCGUCGCCAUCAACCUCGUCGCGCCGUUCCUGUGCACGCAGCACGCCUUCCGCAUCAUGCGCGACCAGCAGCCUCAGGGCGGCCGCAUCAUCAACAACGGGUCGAUCUCGGCCCACGCCCCACGUCCGUUCUCGGCGCCGUACACCCUCACCAAGCACGCCAUCACGGGCUUGACCAAGUCGACCUCUCUCGACGGUCGGGCGUACCACAUCGCGUGCUCCCAGAUUGAUAUCGGCAACGCGCAGUCGGCCAUGGUCGACGAGUUGCGACGAGGCGCCGGCAGCCUGCAGCCCAACGGCUCGCGCAUGCACGAGGAGGUCAUGCCGGUCGAGGCGGUCGCCGACAGCGUCGUCCACAUGGCGUCGCUUCCGUUGCACGUCAACAUCCUGACCCAGACGAUCAUGGCCAACGCAAUGCCGUUUGUCGGCCGUGGAUAAAUCUGAAGUACUGUAAUGAAGCUUGUGCACUAGUCUC